CAGUAACUGAAAAAGAAUUGGCCUCAAUGGAAAAUUUUAUCGAUCAACCGAUUUGGGACGAUGUUGAACCCAUUCCUCAGGACGACGGUCCUGACCCGUUGGCCCCGAUUGCUUACUCUCGUGAAUAUUCACGCGCCAUGGAUUUGUUUCGCGCCAUUACGCGUCAAAAAGAACUAAGUGAAAGGGCUUUAAAGCUGACAGAAACUAUUAUCGAGUUAAAUCCUGCUCACUAUACUGUUUGGAAUUAUCGACAACAAAUAUUGAAUGCAAUAAAUUACGAUUUGAAUGAAGAAUUAAACUUUGUUGAUUCGUGUGUUGAACAACAUCCAAAAAAUUAUCAAGUGUGGCAUCAUCGUCAAGUUAUUGUUGACAAACUGAAUGAUAGUUCACGCGAAUUACCAUUUAUUACUGGUAUACUUGACGAUGAUUCAAAGAACUAUCAUGCAUGGUCAUAUAGACAAUGGGUAAUCAAAAGAUUCAAUUUAUGGAAACAAGAAUUAGUUUUCGUGGACUCACUUUUAGAGAAGGAUGUGAGAAAUAAUUCAGCUUGGAAUCAAAGAUAUUUCUAUGUAUUUAGUAAUCCUGAGGAAGUGACCGAGGAAAUUAUAAAUUCUGAAAUUGAGUACGCAAUAGAAAAGAUCAGAUUGACUCCAAACAAUAUAAGUCCAUGGAAUUAUAUUAAAGGGGUGAUUGAAAAAUCCGGUAAAAGCAUCGAAAUCUUGGAAAAUAUCUGUAAAGAACUUCGAGAGGCAGGAAUUAUUUCACCACAUUUAUUGGGUUGCCUCGUAGAUAUUCACGAGAAUAGAGCACGUGCCGGAUCAAAUGAAGAUAAGCAAGAAGCCAUCAAGAUUUGUAAACUUUUAGCUGGUGAGCAUGACAGAAUUCGUAAAAAAUAUUGGGAAUAUCGAGAACAUACAAUAGUUACCUACUGA